AUGAUCGAUGAUGAUGAGAAUUAUAAUAGUUCUGAUGGUUUUCAGAGCGUUUCAAAUGAUUCUGCAUCUAUUAGUAAUGCCGAAUUACAUCAUGUGAGUAAUUCACAAGGAAUGAAACAUGUUGAAAAUUGCUCUCCUGUGUUAGCGUUGGAGAGUACAAUAACAACAUCUAGUAAUUUUUUUCCUGUGUUAGCGCAGAAGGAAAAUAAUGGGACUGAAACAAAUAAUUCUAAUUCAGUAGUUUCAUUACCGUCAGAUACUAAGAGGUUGAAAAAUGAGUUUGAACAUUUCAAAACCGGCAGUAAACGUUUAUUCGAAUAUGAUGAGAAUGUUCAUCAAGAAGAAUUAAAUGAACAAUGUGGUGUUAUUAAAAAACCAAAUAUGAAUGAUUCAUCUGAAACAGAUGAAUCGCAAGAAUAG